AGACAGAGUGUUUGGCUGGGGCUAGGGAGAUCUGUCCCUUGCAGAGCUUUGAUAUUUACUGAAUGUUUUUGAAAGGUAAUCUUCCCUCAGCCAACCAUAAUUCAUAAGAUUGUUGUGAAGAUAAAAUAAGAUGGUAUCAUGUACUAUUGCUGAACUUCUUGAAAGAAGUUUCUGCUAUUGCAUCUGUGUUGACAGCUGAAGAAUUCAAAUUGUGCGGCUUUUAUUCAGUGCUGAUCAGGGGAGCUUGCUUUCCAUGCUGCUGAGAGGAUGUAGUGGAAAUGAUAGCAGAGCCUAAUUCCGUUGCCAGUCUCCCCAACCACAGAGAAAAUGGGAUCCGCGAUGAGGUUGCCCCUGAAUCCACUGCACAGAAUGGCAGCUGCGUAAGAAGUGGCAACAUUAAAAAUCUUAGAGGGAAAAGAAAAAUUCGAGAACAAUGUGAAAACAGGAGAAGAAACUUUUCUGGUACUAGGCAGUCAAACCAGCUGCAAAAUGGUGAAGUAGUUGAAGCAGUUACUUUAUUUGAGGUGGUCAGCAUGGGCAAAAGAGCUAUGCAGACUGUGGUAGAUGAUUGGAUUGAAGCUUAUAAAAAAGAUAGAGACGUGGCACUUCUUGACCUCAUCAACUUCUUCAUUCAGUGCUCAGGUUGUCAAGGAAUGGUUACCGCAGAGAUGUUCCAGAGUUUGCAAAACUGUGAGGUGAUGCAGAAAAUGACAGAGACAUUUGAUGAAGAAACAGGAUUGCAGUAUAAAAAGUUCAUGGCUUAUCCCUGGAUUUUGACUGUGACUUGGCCGGUGGAUAUGGACAAUGAAGAUUAUCCACUUAUCAAGCCAGGGCCCUGCUGGAAGAAGUUUAAAACUAAUUUCUGCGAGUUUGCCACGGUGCUAGUCCAGCAGUGCCAGUACAGCAUCCUUUAUGACAGCUAUCUGAUGGACACCGUCAUCUCUCUCCUGACAGGCUUGGCAGAUUCUAUGGUCAGAGCAUUCCGGCACACCAGUACAUUAGCAGCUAUGAAGCUUCUGACUGCGCUUGUAAACCUCAGACUCAAUCUAGAUGUAAGUAAGCGGAACCUGGAAAGAUUAUAUGAAGUGGAAAAGAGCAGGGCUGCAGGCAAGAGGACCAAUUCUAGACUGGACCAGCUAGAGAAGAAAAAGAGAGAGUAUGACCAGAAACUGCCCAAGAUAGAAAACAUGAUGAAUGCUAUUUUCAAAGGGACCUUUCUGCAACGCUAUCGUGAUGUUAUUCCAGAAAUCCGAGCUAACUGUAUUGAAGAAAUGGGCACCUGGAUGAAAAUGUAUCCAGACACAUUCUUAAAUGAUAGUUACUUGAAAUACGUUGGAUGGAUGUUAUAUGAUAAACAACCUGAAGUCCGACUAAAGUGCCUUCAGGGCCUACAGGGAAUUUAUGGCCAAAAAGAGUUUGUUUGUAAAAUGGAUCUCUUCACUAGCAGAUUCAAGGAUCGAAUUGUAUCCAUGGCUCUGGACAAAGAACAUGAAGUAGCAGUUCAAGCUAUGAAACUCUUGAUGCUCAUGUCACAGAACUGUGAAGAUGCCCUAUCAUCUGAAGACUGUGAAACCUUAUACCAGUUUGUUUACACCACCCACCGACCAUUGGCUGUUGCAGCUGGGGAACUACUUUAUAAAAGGUUAAUUGUCCAGGAAACUGGGAUGGAUGUUUGCACUAGAAGAGAUGGAAAACAGGAACCGAUUGCUAGCCAGCUGAGAACACUGAUCAUUUUCUAUAUGGAAAGUGAGCUACACAGCCAUGUCACAUACCUUGUGGACAGCCUGUGGGAUUGGGCAGUGAGUUUACUGAAAGGCUGGGAAUGCAUGACAGCUCUCUUGUUGGAAAACGCUGAUGAUCAAAAAGGAGCACUGACCAAAGCUGAAGAGAGUGCCCUCGUUGAGAUAAUCUUGGCAACCAUUCGAGAAGCUGUUGAUGGUCAUCCCCCUGUGGGCAGAGGAGGGACCAGAAAAGUCCUGUCUUCCAAAGAGAAGAAGAUACAAAUGGAAGAUUGUGCUAAAAUUACUGAGCACUUUGUUGUGGUGCUUCCUCGGCUCUUGGCAAAAUAUUCAGGGCAUGCAGAAAAAGUUACAAGCCUCCUGCAGAUUCCACACUAUUUUGAUCUAGAGAUGUACAGUACAGGGAUCUUGGAAAAGCACUUGGAUGUGCUACUGAGGGAGGUCAAAGCCAUUGUAAUCAGACAUUCUGACACAGAUGUUCUGGAAGCUUGCUCCAGGAUAUACUACGUCCUUGGCAAUGAAGUGCUUGUUUUCCACAACAAAGUGACUUUUGCUAGAGCUGAACUUGUGGAUGACCUGGUGGACCAGCUAAACCAACUCUUGGAUACCUUUUGGAAUAAGAGAGAAGAGCUUUGUGUAGAUGACAAAGUGAUUCAGCACUUAUCCUCUGCUCUGGAAAGAAUUGCUGCUCUUCACAAUGCCCAUGACCUCACUAAGUGGAAUCUCUAUGACAAAAUGUCCAACGUGCUUGCUUUUGAAAUGGAACACAGCUCUUUGCCACUUCAGAUCAUUUUGCCUGCUUUACAGUGUGCUUAUUUUGCAUUGCUCUGGCAGCUCACCUCUGUGGUAGAAUGCCCAUCAUCCAAGAAAGACAUUCAUGUUCUGAGAACAAAUUUGAGGCACUUCUGCCACAUUUGCACAUGCUGCCUGAGCCAUGACAACAGGGAGUUACGUGAAAAGGCUUUUAUGAUACUUUGUGAUUUGCUGAUAAUUAUAAGUCAUCAAGAUUCAGUGGACAACAAUGCUAUCGGGUUGCUGAAGUCCCUUCCCAGUACAUCUCUUCAAUCCAAAAUGCUCAUAUUUAUUCAGGAUCAUGUUUUCACAGAGGAGGAGGAAGAAUCCAAAGACUUGACAGAAGAGGAAGAGAAGAAGAAUGAAAGUCAGAAAUUGGAUGUUUUGCAUUUGAAGCGAUGCCUCCUUGCAGCUUACUGCAAGUUAAUCAUCUGCAAUGUUGUUGAGAUGACAGCAGCUGCUGAAAUCUAUAAGCAUUAUAUGAAGGCUUACAGUGACUAUGGAGACAUAAUUAAAGAAACCCUGAGCCGAUCAAGGCACAACGACAAAAUUCAAAGUGCAAAGACACUAAUCCUCUGCUUACAGCAGUUAUUUCAGAAGCAUAUUGAAAGCCAGGAUGACAGCAGCAGCAGCAGCAUGGAUGCCUCUUCCGCUGCCUUCAGCAACAUUAAAGAGCUUGCACGGCGCUUUUCUUUGACAUUCGGCUGGGACCAAGUGAAAAGUCGAGAGUCGGUAGCUAUGAUCCACAAGGAAGGGAUUGAAUUUGCCUUUAAAGGAACAUCUGGCAUGGAAGCGAAGGGCCUGCCUCCCAAUCUCAAUUUCCUAGUCAUCCUCAGUGAAUUCUCCAAUAAGCUUCUAAAGCCUGACAAAAGACUUGUCUAUAGUUACUUGCUGAGAUAUAUACCGGAACCAGCCCUUUGUAAAGGGGACGCCUGGUACGCAUUGGGAUGGUAUAGAACUUCUCUCUUGGCCAGUGAAGACGAGGAGACUUCUUCUACCAGCAGCUUAAAUGAAUGGCCACCCAUAAGUACUGCUGGGAUGCCUUCUUUUAAAAGAAAAUUAUAUGAAGGAGCCUGGUCCAAAACCAAUCAUGCUGAGACAACAAAUAAAAGUUCAGAUAGCUGUGGACCAUCUUAUCUCCGUUCCUUGGCACAGAGAAGCAGGAAGAGGGUAAAAUCUCAUAACCCUCAUCACCAAGACUGUUCCCUAUUCCUUGGUCCUGAAAGUCUGAAGAGAAAAAGCUGUAACCAACCUGUGGUUAAGGUAGAGAAGACUGCAGAAGUUCCAGCUGAAGAUACUGAUGUUGAUGUUGUUGGUGCAGAUCAGGAAACCUGAAGAUCAAAGAAAGCUGGACAGUAUCUUUUCAGAGAAGGGGAAAGAGAAGGAACAGAAAGGUGGAAUGGACUGUACAGUACAUAGGUCCCUUAGGGAGCAUGACGUGAGCAAAAGGUGAAAUCACCAGUUAUAGCUGGUUAAAGUGACUGUUAUUGCAAUUUUCUUAGCCAGUGUUAUUACAGGGCUCCUGUACUUUCUGGUGUUGCCUACAACUGUUUUUUCUGAACACUUUUGGUUUUCAUGAUUGUUUUGUUAAAAAAAUAUCUGAAACAUUACACCAAACUCAUUUGUAGAGAAUUAAAUUACCAAAUAAUAUUGGACCGCUCUUUUGCAGAAAUUGGCCCAGUCAAAAUGGGGGCGGGUAUCGAAGACUUGUGUCAGUCUUCUUUUGGGUAAACAGGACAGUAGUUUGAAGGGAAGGAAUAUUUGUGUAUUUAUGUAUAGGGGGAAGUAUAAAUCAGAACACACAAUGCUUGUAUUUUGUACAUUUCCUUGUCUAUCAUGAUAGUCUAAUGUUGAUAAUUGGAUUAAUGAAUCACUGUUACUCACGGCACAGCUUGUCAAACAGCUGUUUUGUUUCAUACUUUUAUAUUCAGAUGUUUGUAAAAUAAAAUAAGUGAUCAACACAGUC